CGGCACUUUCAAAGAACUGCCGCCUCACGUGCCUCCUGUUGUGAUGGGUUUCCUCUAGUAAGGAUAGUUAUCUGCUGACUUCUGUUAAUAUCUGCGCCGAGGUGGAAGAAAGCAAAGGGAAAAGCAAUGGCCUCUGGAGAUAUCGCUCAGAUUACAGAGGCGCUGGCCAAGACCCAUGUUGGAGAAGUGGAGUUAAGUUAUAAGGGACAAGGACUGAAGUUGGACAAUGCUGAGUCAGUGAAAGAGAUGGUGCAGGAGAUCUCACAGUGCCAGGGGCUGCAGUCUCUCAGAUUGGAGGGAAACACAUUGGGGGUUGAAGCAGCACAGGCUAUUGCAAAGUCCCUUGAAGCGAAAAGGGAAUUGGAGCAAUGCCAUUGGAGUGACAUGUUCACAGGUCGCCUUCGCUCAGAAAUCCCUCCUGCUCUGAUAUCAUUGGGCAAUGCUUUGAUGACAUCAGGGGCCAGACUGACUCAUCUGGACUUGAGCGACAAUGCCUUCGGCCCUGACGGUGUAAAGGGAAUUGAAAGCCUCCUGAAGAGCUCUGCGUGCUAUACCUUACGUGAGCUUAGGCUUAAUAAUUGUGGCAUGGGCAUUGGAGGGGGAAUGGUCCUCGCUUCUGCCUUGACUGAAUGCCAUAAGCGGUCUAGUGCAGCUGGCUCCCCCCUGAGGUUAAAAGUUUUUAUAGCUGGACGUAAUCGGCUGGAGAAUGAUGGUGCCACUGCACUUGCCAAAGCAUUUAAGUUAUUAGGCAGUCUUGAGGAGGUCCAUAUGCCACAGAAUGGAAUUAACCAUCCCGGUAUCACUGCUCUAGCCACUGCCAUAAAGCACAACCCAAACCUUCAGGUCCUCAACCUCAACGACAACACGUUUACUAAGAGAGGAUCAACAGCCAUGGCAGAGGCUAUCAGGCACCUCCAGUGUCUUAAGGUCGUCAAUUUUGGGGACUGUUUGGUACGCUCAGAAGGUGCUAUUGCUAUAGCAGGGGCCCUUAGAGAGGGACUGCCAUUCCUCAGGGAGCUGAAUUUGUCAUUUGGAGAGAUUUGCGAGGCUGCAGCUGUAGUAGUUGCGAAGGCUGUUCGGGGGAAAGAUGAUCUGGAGAAACUGGACCUCAACGGAAAUUGCUUUGGAGAGGACGGCUGUGAGGCUCUCAGGGACAUGAUGGAGGGCAUGAACAUGGAAGAUCUGCUAGGCUCACUCAGUGAUGAUGAAGGAGAGCCUGAAGAAGAAGACGAUGAUGAGGAGGAGGAGAAGGACGAUGAGGAAGAGAGGGAAGACGAAAAGGAUGCUGAGGAAAAUGGUGUCAAUGGAACAAAAGAUGUCAUUGAAGACAAGGAAGAGCCUCACUGCAGCUCUGAGCUCUCGUCUUUCCUCAUCUCCCCGUCAGCCGAGAAACUGAUCUCGCUUGGAGCCAAAAGGAUCCAGCUCUUUGAGAAACAGGUUGACCUCUCCGAUGCUAGUAAGGUGUCAGACGUUUUUCUCAAGAUUUCAUCAGUAUACAAAGAUGAACCAGAAGUAAAGCAAGCUGUUUUUGAGAGCACUGAUGCUCUACUGAGGAAAGCCUUUUCCGACUCCUACUCUCAAUCUUACGGUUUUAUCUCCUCACUGAUGGUGAAACUGGGACUUUUAAAGAGUGAAGAUAAGAAGAUAAAGAGGGUGACCAUACUGCCUGGACACUUGCUCGCUUUGGAGCAUGCAGCUGCGCUGGAGUUCUUCCCAGCAGAUCAGGCUGAUGUUCUGGAAACAUUUCUGUCACGAAAUGGCAAAGUCUUAGAAUCCUGCUGCAGUGCCAGAGAUGCUCUCAAGACCACACUGAUGAAAAGGACCACUGCUUGAUUCUUAACCCUCAUUACAGAGCCACUGAAAUUACUUAAUACGGGUCAAAAAAAAAAAAACAUGCACUUGACAGGGUACAUGAAACUCUCUAAAUUAUUGAUCUAGUUUAUCUGAGUUCAGUCAGUUCUGGAUCCUUUUCGGCAUGCAGAUUUCAGACAAUUGCAAAGUACAGUAAUGACUAGUGCCUCAUGACAACUAACCCAAAAUGAAUUUCCUCAUAGAUGAUCUAUAGACCGUUAGAUUUGAAUAAGAUUGUUGUGUUCUUUCAUCUCUCUCCUUUUGUUUUUUAGAAAUAUUGCUUCUAUUUUUAUACAGGAAAAGGGAUAAUAGGAAAAAGGCACUGGAUGAUAAUUAGGGAUUAAUUAUCGCUUAAACCUUAAAUGAUUGUAAUGUCAUAACUGAUGUUUCUGAACAGUUGUUAGUUAAACUGUCACAUUGACAUGGAGCCUCAAGCAUGUUCACUCUCUCAUGCCUUUGAUUAGAUGUGCCAUAUUGUGAAAAGAUUGGUGGUGGAAUUCAAACCACAAUCAAGUAGAAUAAACAACAAAUAAUCUUUGGAUUUAAAUGAUGAAGGCAGUGACAGUGAAGUGGUACAAAUGUUUGGACCUUAGUAUAUUUAAUACUACAACUGGUAAGCACUGAAUAUUAUGUUUGCAACAUUCCAUUUUGUUGAUAUUAAAGUUUUUUUUUUCUUGGGA